AUGAGCAGCAGGAACCCACCCAGGCUCCUGGACCUCGCCAUCCAGAGUGUGUUACAGGACGAGCCCUCGGCCAUUGCUGCCCUGGAGUGGCUGCCCACACAACUCUUCCCACCACUGUUCAUGGGCGCUGUGGCCGGUGGACAUGAAGAUGCGGUGAAGGCCAUGGUGGUGUACUGGCCUUUCAUCCGGCUCCCACUAGGGGCUCUCCUGGAGUCUGGACAUUCUCACCAGGACAUCUUAAAGGCGGCCCUGGAUGGUUUUGAUGUCCUGUUGGCCCAGAAGGUUCCACCCAGGAGAAGCAAACUGAAAGUGCUGGACUUAAGGCUGGACACUGGCUCCAACUUCUGGAAAGUGUGGUCUGGAACCGAAUCCGUUGCCUCGGUGCCCUCAUCAGAGGACCCGGCGACCACCCAGCCCUGGACUGUGAUUCACAGAGGGAAGAAUUCCACAGCAGGGGAGGGGCCUCAGCCCUUGGCCUCCAUGGUGCUGCUCACAGACCUGUGCUUCCUUGAAACCAUUCCAGACGAAUUGUUCACCUUCCUCAAUGAAAGGGUCAAGCACGGAAAGGCCCUGCCAUCCCUGUGCUGUAGGAAGCUGGAAUUUGUCAGUCUGUUGGAACUUCCCAUUAUGGAGGAGAUCCUGAAUGCGGUGCAGCCGGACUCUGUGCAGGAGGCGGGAGUGCACUGCAGCUGGGACCUGCACACCCUCAACUGGUUUCUUCCUUACCUGUCCCAGAUGGGUCACCUGAGCAUCCUCCAUCUUUCCCGGAUCAGCCUGGACCCGCUGGGGGCACCUAGCGUUAGCAAGUUGGAGAAGGUACUUGGGAAACUGGCCUCCCACCUCCGCAGUCUGCACCGACUCCGCCGCCUCAUUGUGGAAUACGUCUUCUUCCUGAAUGAGCAGCUUGGCCAGCUGCUCGGAUGCGUGCCCACCCCGUUGGAGUCCCUCGCCGUCAUGAACUGCGUGCCUCUGGACGCUGACAUGUCGAGUCUGUGCGAGUGUCCCUGCACCAGCCACCUCAGGUCCCUGGAUCUGAGUGGUAUCUUCAUGGCACGCUUAAGCCAUGGAUUCCUCCCGCGUCUGCUACAGAGGGUCUCGGCCACCCUGACCCACCUGAACUUAUCGGACUGCAACAUCAAUGACUCUGUGCUCAGCACCUUGCAGCCUGCUCUGGGCCGGUGCUCCCGGCUCAGCACCUUGCUGUUGGGUGGGAACCGGGUCUCCACGGCUGUCCUGCAGGGCCUGCUUCAGCACACGUGGCCGCGGUGCAUGUUCUCCCUUCUGGAGCUCCCUGUCCCUCAGGAUUGCUAUGACCAUCCCCAAGGUCCUCUGCGCCAGGAUACUCUUGCCGAGGUCAUGCAGGAGCUCAGGGUGACCCUGCAGGCCCGCAGGCCCCUCUCUGUCAGUUUUGUUCCCAGCACACGUGACAGAGCGUGGGAUGAAAUCAUCGUCCACAUGGACAGCUAA